ACGAAGUAGCUACGUGGAAUAAGUGUAAGCUGUUUCUAAAAACACGAGGGAAUGAUUUUAAAUAAAUGACGUGACAGGGAAAUAAUUCAUCGUUGGUUAACGUUUCACUGGUUGAGGAUUAGCUAACGCAAGCUAACUAGCGCUGUGUUAGCUGUGCUCGUUAGCUGGCUAACAAAGAGCCGUUGCUCCUCCUUGCUUUGUAUGCUCAGUGUUGCCGUUUCAAAUGGCUCUUGUUUCACUUAUAAAGCGACGAAAAUAUAGUGAAACUGGACUUGGGCAUAUCUGAAGUGUCUGGCCAUCCUACCAUUGCCUACAGUAGGAAGUUUGGUGCCUGUUGCAGGCUGUGCGCAUUUGUUCCUCACCAGUGAUUCCUUAUGCUUGAUAGAGGCUACACCCUGGGUCUUACAGGAUGGAUGGUGUGGACCUAAAGAGACUUGUGUAUCGACAUCAGCACUCUGUGUUCUGCUGUGGUGUUCAAUCUUUUUCCAUUUACAAGAGAACACCUCCCAUCUUACACCUCCAGUCUCUGCACUAUAUUUAUAAAGACCGUCUUUGAGCAAUAAAAAAGACAGCCAGAGAUAGAAGUUGUUGGCCUUUCUAUCUUUUUUCUUUUUAAAGCACAGAUAGAUAUUGCUCAUAUAAGCCUGUAUGAUGGACAUGGAAAUGUCCUUAUUUUAACUUUUCAGUUAUUGUACGCCCUAACUCUAAGUGAGGGUGGUGGGAUGUCGGAAAAGCCAGACGACAAAAUGGUGAAGUUCCUGGCUCCCCCUCAGAAGAGUGGAAACAGCCCCAGUUCUGGAUCAGAUUCAAUGGUGGGUGAAUGCCGGCCAACAGAAGUGAGACGCCGGCAUCACACCAUGGAGCGUGAUCGAUGUAACCCUGAACACCGUUUCUUGCGCCGAAGUGUCAUCAGUGAUUCCAAUGCCACAGCACUGGCUCUCCCUUUACCCAGCAAGAUCCCCAUCCCUGCACCUCAACGGGUGCAGCUACGGGAAGCCGCCCCCCAGCGACAACAAGCUGCUGUUUCUGCUCAUUUGCCGCCGACUGAUACAAGUUUAGCUCAAAACCAGGAGUCUGCUGAUAGUGGAAGAGGAGAAGAAGGAAAAGAUAUCGAAAUCUCCAAUGUGGAUGUAGUGCCUUCAGACCAGGAGCCAGCCAAUGUACAAGAUAUCUGUGAUGGAGAAGUGGUGGUAGUAGCCCACUCCACACCAGGCUUAGGAAGAGAAUUGCCAAGUCAAACAGAACCUGAAAGCACUGUUCAGGUGAAGGUAAAUCAUGAAGAUGAUGGGGAGGAAGAGGAUAAGGACUCUGCCAAGGCACGAGCAGAGGCAGAGCAGAGAGAAGCUGAGAAAAAAGUACAGGAUGACAUCGAAGAGGCAGAGACCAAAGCAGUAGGAACAUCACCGGAUGGGCGUUUCCUAAAGUUUGAUAUAGAAAUUGGACGUGGCUCCUUCAAGACCGUCUACAAGGGCUUGGACACUGAGACCACAGUGGAGGUGGCUUGGUGUGAGCUGCAGGAUCGUAAGUUGUCAAAGACAGAGCGACAGCGCUUUAAGGAGGAAGCAGGGAUGUUAAAGGGACUACAGCAUCCCAACAUUGUCCGUUUUUACGACUCCUGGGAGGGACCGUCCAAAGGCAGGAAGUGCAUUGUACUGGUCACUGAACUCAUGACUUCUGGCACACUCAAAACAUAUCUGAAGCGUUUUAAAGUGAUGAAAAUUAAAGUGCUGCGGAGCUGGUGUAGACAAAUCCUCAAGGGGCUUCACUUCCUUCAUACUCGGGCUCCCCCCAUCAUCCACAGGGACCUUAAGUGUGACAACAUUUUCAUCACAGGCCCAACAGGAUCCGUCAAGAUAGGAGACCUGGGACUGGCCACACUCAAGCGUGCAUCCUUUGCCAAGAGUGUUAUAGGUACCCCUGAGUUCAUGGCGCCUGAGAUGUAUGAGGAGAAGUACGACGAGUCAGUGGAUGUGUAUGCCUUUGGAAUGUGCAUGCUGGAGAUGGCCACCUCAGAGUACCCUUACUCAGAGUGCCAGAAUGCUGCACAGAUCUACCGCAGAGUUACCAGCGGUGUGAAGCCAGGCAGCUUCGACAAGGUGGCCAUUCCUGAAGUGAAGGAGAUCAUCGAGGGAUGUAUUCGCCAGAACAAGGAUGAAAGGUACUCAAUCAAAGACCUUCUGAACCAUGCCUUCUUCCAGGAGGACACUGGGGUGCGUGUGGAGUUGGCAGAAGAGGAUGAUGGAGAGAUGGAGGCUAUUAAGUUGUGGCUGAGAAUUGAGGAUAUAAAGAAACUCAAGGGGAAGUACAAAGACAAUGAAGCUAUUGAGUUUUCUUUUGACCUCAACAAAGACGUCCCAGAGGAUGUGGCUCAGGAAAUGGUUGAGUCUGGUUAUGUGUACGAAGGUGACCACAAGACCAUUGCAAAGGCCAUAAAGGACAGGGUGUCUCUAAUCAGUCGCAAGAGAGCACAGCGGCAGCAGGUCAGAGAAGAUCAGGAGAAGAGAAGGCUUGAAGAAGAACUGCAGAGUCAAUUACUGCCAGCACAGCAACCAGGCCAACAAUCAAGCACUGAGAUGCCUCAGUCCCAACCAGUGCCACAGCCUCCUUCUUAUGUCUCUCCGCAACCAAACCAACACAGCACACAAAUGCAACCUGCAUCUCAGCAGAGCCUUCAAAACUCUAACUACAACACUCCUCAACCAACCCAACUGACUGGCAUGGUACAGGGCACGCCUUAUGUCCCCCAGUCAACUGGGCAAAUGCCAGUUCCGGUUCAGGGUCAAAGUGUGGCCACCAUCCAGCCAGAGUCAGAGGAUCCUGAGACUGACCAACACCAACAGCUACAGCACACAGGAGGAGCCACUCACAUGGCGGACAGACUACCUGGUUCCUCCAUCCUUCCGGAGGCCCAGCCUUCUCAGCCAGGAAUGUCCUACAGCUCCACUCCCGGUCAGCACCUUCAGCCCCAGGUGUCGUGUUUGCAGACACAAAAUGACCAAAUGCAACAGCAGCAGCUGUCAGUGGUUCAGCCCCAGAUCCAGCCUGAAGUUGUUCCUGUUGCACCCACAAGCCAGUCUGUUCCAGGUGCACCUCCACAGUAUGGAGUUUACUACCAACCAUCGCUCCCCCCUCAGAUUCCCACCCAGCAAGUAAUGAUACCCCCAUCCUCUCAGUCGUCUGCCCCCCAGCAGCAGCAGCAGCCAGAGAGCACCUCCACUCUUCCACAGGCACAGACUGGAGCUCAGCAGCUACAGGCCCCUGUGAGUGUUCCUCAGUCAACACCAGGGGAGCAGUCAGCAGGAUCUUCUGCUCUGGUUCCACCAUCUGUAGAAAGCUGCCUGUCAGAUGCAGCUUCAGGUCUUAGUGACGGCAAUGAUGGAAGUUCUACAUCAGGAGGUCGCCAUGAGGGACGCUCACUGAAGCGUCACCAGAGGCGAUCUGUACGCAGCCGAUCCCGCCAUGAGAAGACUGCAAAGGCCAAGCUAAAUGUUCUCAGUAUCUCUAAUGUCGGUGACAGAGUAGCAGAAUGCCAGCUGGAAACGCACAACAGGAAGAUGGUGACCUUCAAAUUUGACCUUGAUGGUGAUAAUCCAGAGGAGAUUGCACAGAUCAUGGUUGCGAGUGAGUUUAUCUUGGAGAGUGAGCGGGAGUCCUUCAUCGAGCAGGUCCGUGAAGUCAUAGAAAUGGCUGACGAGAAAGGAGAAGGGAUGAAGGAAGGCUUUCCCCAGAUGUGUGACCUCCAACAACAGCCUCAGCUUUCUGUUCCCAUGCUACCAGGUAUUUCCCCCAGUACAACAGCCCAGGUGGUGCAUUCAGCAGGACGAAGGUUCAUCGUCAGCCCAGUGCCAGAGUCACGUCUUAAAGAGCAGUUCUUUGGAGUUUCUUCUGCUAAUACCUCCUUUGGAGAUGAACCUGCCUCUGCUCCCACUAUGACACUGGGCCUUUCUCUCUCUGCUCCAUCUGGGACCCUCCAGCAGGCUUUCAGUAAGAUGAAGCCAGCUCGUGUCGAGAGAGGCAGCACCAUUGAUCCCCCUGCUCCUGAACAUGAACCAGUCACUGUUAUGUCAACUGAGCCUGGACUUGGCCCAAACUCUAACAAUAUCGUAGGUCCUCCAGAAGCCGUAGCUUCCAACACUAGCACAACUUUUGCUGCAGUGUCUCUCCCAUCUACCGCCACAUCCUCACCACCUCCCUCAACUGGGAGGGUUUCUCCUCCACCUAUAUCCGCUCAGUCCCAAACUCCUGCUCCUGUCAUCAAUGAUCCCAGUCCAGCUCCUCACUCUUCCCAUGAAACACCCCCCUCACAACUUCCACCAGCUGCCAGCAUCCCUCCCUCAUCUUCUACCAUUUCUCCUCCGUCGGUGCAGACCUCCGUCCCCACAGUACCUGGGCCUCAGCCGAGCAGUAGUUCUGUCGCUGUCUCUUCUGUUGUUGGUGUUGCAUCCAGUAGUACUGCUACUGUCCCUGCUUCAGAGCAGCAGCCUUUUAAUAGCGCUGUUACAUCUUCUCAGCCUAUGAAUUCAUCCAUCCAUGCACCACAACAUGCAACCUCCCAGUGUCAGCCUGUUUCCAUUUCUGCUCAGCCCCCACCUCCCACCUCAUCAAGCAGUCAGAGUCAGGUCCAACCACAGCCAGUGGAGUCGGAGGGGGCUGACCUCCAGACAAAGACUGCUGGUAGAGAUGACAUCCAAGCUCUAGAUAAGAAACUAAGGUCCCUCUUUAAAGACCAGAGCACUGCCUCCUCAGCAUCACUGGAUCCUAGUCAGAACACAGGGACCUCCUCUCCUCCCACUGGGACUUCUUCCCCUCCACCUGGAACCGCCGUGGUGCCCCCAUCUAACCUUCCCCUCACUUCUGGGGUCCAAGGUGUCCAGGGCCCCACGACCACCCCGGGACAGGGUAUUACCCCAGCAGGACAUGCCCAUACCCCUCCAACUAAGCCCAGGGCUCAGACUUUACCCACUGGAUUUGAUCAAGCUGCUACACCUCCUACUGACCUUUUACCCCCAUUUCCUGGACCAAAUCAGCAGUCACAGCAACCCCUGGGUAAUUUGGAUGCACAAUUGAGGAGAGCUCUUAGCCCAGAGACGGUUCAGGGAGGUAACAGGGUCCAGCCUCCAGCUGCAGGUUUCACUUUGGGACGUUUCCAAGUGUCCGUUGCCACAGAUGGUGUGUCCAGUAGUGUUCCAGAUCCCUCCAGCAUUGUUUCCUCUUCUUCUCUCACGCCGUCCUCUACAACUUCAUCCUCCUCCUCUUCUUCCUCUUCCUCCUCCUCCCCCUCAAGUCCAGAAAAUACCCUCCAUCGGUCAUCGUCUCUGUCCAAAGGAGUGUGUGAAAUUGACGGUAUAAAUGAAGCCUCGUCUCUCUCUGCUGGUCCUGCCAGUCAGCCGACCACUAUUGGGCGCUUCCAAGUGUCCACAAGCAGCAAUGCCACUUCUGGGCCAACCACUGGCUCUAAAGUGGGGCGAUUUUCAGUCACAGUGACCCCAGCUCCAGCAGCAGGCUCCAGUCCGUCACAUGGCUCCAGUAUUCAGAAUGGGCCCUCAUCUUCAACCUCUGACCCACAUAAUGCACAUACGCAUUACAGCAGUGACAAUGAUGACGACUCAGAGACUGAGGACGAGGCUUUGCAGAAAGAAAUUAGUCGUCUGAGAGAAAAACAUAUGAAGGAGAUUCAGGCCUUGCAGACGCGUCAGAAAGAGGAGAUAGAGGCUCUGUUCACGCGCAUGGGCAAACAUCCUCCUCCAUCUGUCCUCUCCCCUGCUGUGGCCAUGGCUGGAGGUCGACGUAGGCUUAAAAGCAAAAGCCACAAAUCUGCUCGCAGUAGUGGACAACCCAGUCCCAUACACUCAGGAUCGCCAGCCUCGGUUCAGAGCCUCCAUGGUUCAGAGUCCCCUCCAAAGCAAAGUUCACCUUCUGCAUCAGAGGCCUCAGAAACAGCAACAGAUGCAUCACAAGCAGUUGGCAGGUUAUCCCUGCAGCAGCUCCGAUCCUCUCCAUCCAUGCCCAGCCUCAGCAGUUGCUCCACAGGAUCAAUUGGGACCAGCUCCACAAACGGUUCAGGCCACUGCCAGAACCAUUCUACUUCCGUGACACAGGCGACUGGACCCACUCCUCCUGCCUCCCACACCCAGAAGGGCAAAGGCACAUUCACUGAUGACCUGCACCAACUGGUGGAUAACUGGGCCAGAGAUGCUAUCAACCUCUCCCAAUGCAAGAGAGGUCCUAAAACUGGAGCACAGGCAGCACUGGGGCAUGAUAUAAUCCCUCCAGCCAACAUGGGCCGUAAAUUCUCAGCUCCAGGCUACCUCUGCCCAACACUUCCCACGCCUUCCAACACCACAUCCACCGCCACCACUCACCUUCCCAACCCAGCCAAUCCCUCUGUCCCUUUAGGGCCCCGUAAAGGCUCUCUGGGCCCAGUUGCUCAGGGGUUCGGCUAUGCCUCUGCGCCCUACAGUGCUCCUCAGUGGGCAGGACCCACAGGCACAUGCCAGGUCAGCAUGCUUAACCCUGCACAGCCACUAACACAGUACCAGCCACCUACAACAGCUCCAGUCUCCAUACAUCAAGGCUACCACAUGGGAACCACACCAGCCUCCCAGAAAUCAGUCAGCCCUGGAGGGUCCAACCUGAGACCCACGUAGCCCUGUCAGAGCCCUGGUCCAGGCUGAGACCACAUGGCAGAGAGGGUAGACAGUCGUUGAUCGAGAAACACUAGCCUUCUUUGCAGUUUGCGGGUUAGCUGGCUGGGUAUUGUGCUUUUUAUUUUUAUUUCAACUUUUAUCAUUAUGUGUUAUGAGUUGAUCUGUGUCCUCUCAGGCAGAAUGAAAUCUGCCUGGCAAUUGGAGGGAGAGUGCAAUACACAUCCACAGCACAAGAGUCUCACACUUAGCCUGCCAUUAGCUGUGGAAUAGAGCUGUGAAGAGCAUGUUGGUUGUGUCUGGUGAUGUAACGCCCCAAAUGCACAACCAACAGCAGCCAAAGAAGUCUUUUGAGAGCAGACAUUGUAAUGUUGUGAUUCCUUUGAAGAGAAGAAGGUAGGAGAGAUUCUGGUUGACAUCCUUAUUGGUCCUAACUUUAAGCCAAACUGGCACAAGAGAAUUGAACUAAUAUACCACAACACACAUACAUGUGUAAACACCUGACUAAACAUUGACCUGGUUGAGUGACUUGGGAUGGUAGGUUCUGUUGUCUCAGAGCGAGGGAGAAUGUGAGUGUACAGAAAGUGGAAGAUAAGAGUGGUACAGUUUGUUCCAGAUGGAGCUGUAAGUGUGACUGGUGGAGAAAGGAAGAAAGACAUAGUAAGUUAGGCUGGAGUGUAAUGGAUAGGGUUGGAACAUGAAUACAUCCCAAUUGCUACCUAUUAAGUAAAAUGCAAUAAUGGCAAAGAGUAGAUAAACUGUCCCUUGUAACUGUGGCCUUAAUCCCCAAACACAUUUAAACAUUGACUUUGUAUAUAGAUAUUUCUUCACCGAGUUAUGAUUCCAUGUUUAGCAUAUUUAUGUCCCUGUGAGAGUCUGGUGUCAUUGUGAUUUCAGUUGUCUCUAUCAUAUAGCUUUAUUGUCAUACUGAUUUAUUCUUCACGUCUGACAUGUAAGCCAGUGGAUCUGCCACAUAAAAAAGCAUUGUCGUGGUGUUGACCGCCAUUCGGAGUUUAAGUGAAACUGAGGAGGUGAUGCUGCUGUAGAUCACAAUCUGUAGAGGGUGUUUGCAGGGUGAUAAAUUAUUUUCUUUUCUUGAUUCUUGAAGAAUGAAAUCUUGUUAAGAAUCCUAAGUUGACACAUGAAACCACUUCACUUAGUGCUUAGCUAUGAGAUAUGAGCAGUUCAAAGUCUACUUAUCAAUUCAUACAAAAUACAGUUUUGGUUUAUUAGUGUAGUAUUUGUGGAAGGUUUCGGACUCUGAGGAGACGCAGCUUUCCCACUUCUCCCAGUUGUUUACACAGACAGUGCUCAGCACGCAGAUGAACAGGUUGUUAGCAAAGUCAUGUCACAUUAAAUAUCUCCACUCAGAACAUUUAGCUGUCAUGUCUCAAAUCACAAGUGUCUGGGGUUCUUUCUGUGGUCUGUUUUUGUAUGCGUUAUUUAAUAAAACAAACAAAUGUUCUUUAUGGACCUGUAUUCAGCCAUCAGAUUUUGAUGUUGUUUCACUGUAAUUAUUAUUAAAGGUUGUUAAACAACAUGUAGUUAAAGGAAUAUAAGAAGUGCAAUUGCAGGGUUGUUGUUAUUGGUAUCCUUCUCAUCACGCAGGAGUAAUCCUGUGGUUUAUUAAGCUCUUCUAUCUAUGACUGCCCUGCCCCCUUUUCUAUUUUAUUGUACAUAUGUUAAUGUGAGGUAAAUGCUUUCACGUAACGCUCAGUCACUAGAGUAUGCUUGUGGUGACCCACUCUACAUGCACAUGCACUCUGACCUGUAAACAUGAGGAACACUUUAGUGCCUUGCAUCCUCACUAAUGACAAGUUCCAGAUCCAUCUAGUCCUGUAGCUAUGACUGUACUGCAGAAAACCAGUUAACUUAACCUGUGCACGACGCAAACACAACCUGACACAGCCAACUCAGAGGACAUCACACUCUGAAACGUUGGACCAGACACCACACACAGGACUGCGGAACAAAGAGCACACUGAGUAAUAGUAACAGUUUCUUUUCUCUCUACAGUUACAUUUGUGUUGGUUGUGUAAUCAGCUGUGUAUUUAUAUUUGGCUCAUGCGUACUUGGUUUUCGCUGACAUUUGUUUUUGUGGAUUUAUUAUUAAACCAUUUCAUAGAAGCACUUGUUCAGGCAGCGAGUGAGCUGUAUAAAGGUUUAAAAGUUGUCACAAUCUAAUGUUGGCUCAGCUUUUGUCUCACCACCUCACACGAGUGCCAUGCUGUCUUUGUGACUUUCGCCUGCUCGUAGAUUGGAUGAAUAGUUAAACUUCUCUAGAGAAAAACUAAGUUACUGCAAUGCAGAAUAUGCAAUGUUUAAAGUUUUAUAAGGACUGAGGGGUAAUGGAAACAUUUGCAUGCUGAUGAGGGUUGUUACUGACUUCAAUGUUUUUGAUAUUGGAAUUAUUAGUAAUUUUUUUUAUUAUUAUUAUUUGCCUUCCUGAGAGUCAUCACAAAGUGUUGUCUGUUUAAUGUCAUUCACCAGUAUCACAGGCACAACUUCAAUAUCAGACUAUUGGCAUAUGAUUUCUGCAUGCUGGCUUCACUGGUGUUUAAUCUUACAAAUGACAACUGGCCACUGUACAGCACAAGCUCACAACAAAGCUUAAGGUCCGUGUGCUACUAUGAUAUCAGUAAUUAUCACAGACCUUCAUACAGUACUGUUUGAGGCUACUGACACGCAGUAAUAUGUUUUAUUCUUCUUUCGGAUCCCUCCUUACAGACUUCCCGUGAUUCAGUGUCUGUUUUGUGUAUGUUUUUCACAUUGUACAAAAUGUAAAAACAAAUAAAAAUAUCAAUUAAAGCA